AUGCACUAUCGAGUGUUCCGCCAAAAGUCGCCACCGUCGACGGUAUUGACUAUUUUACUGAGUUUGGGAGGUGCCCAUACAUUCGGUGCCUCACGGUUACAAUCCAAGGAGAGCACCUCCAGACCCCAAGCAUUGUUAGUCGCUAGCGGAAGAACCAUGGGGGUCAAUAACGCUCCACCGGGCAAUACCCCACCGGGCCCGUCGCCCACGGUCCUGUCCCCCACGGUCCUGACGCCCACGGCCCUGCGGCCCACGGUCAUUAUGCCAACGCCCCUGACGCCCACUCGUAGUAGGACUGUCAAGCGUUGUGCUGCUGUGGCGCCUGCGGUCACGCCACGCGGUACUUGGACCGGCAAAGUCUCGAUCGACAAUGCGACAUCACCACCAAAGAAAAUGUGUUCGUCCUUUCGGGGUCCCCGUAAGCAUUUCUUGGAUCGGUUCCUGACGUGCUCAGCAGAGUCGGAAAAACCGCUCGCAAUUGUCGUACCGCAAACUGUCGGGAAUGCAGGCGUGCACACUAUCCGUUACACUCCCGACAAAGUCGAUGGACAAGAGGACAGUGCCGGACGGUUUCAGGGCAACGUGCAACCGAACUUCGUCCGUCCAGACAGGCUCGUUGCUCGCCUUGACGAGUGCAUUCCCGCAUUUCAAAUCAUCUUCCCACACGAGGAAGGGUUGGAAAUAAGCGGCAAGUACCUGGCGUGGGCGUAUGACAUACUGAGUCAUGGUUGGUGGCACUUGGUUCCUUUCCAAGUGAAGAAGCCCGUGUCGGUAUUCGGACUAGCCCAAAUGGCCGCCGAAUGGGAAAAUAUCUGGAGGACCAAUCCAGCUUUACCAGCUAAUGGCACGUUGGGAGCCUACUGUUACCAGAGGCUUGGAGGUCCCAGAUAUUGGGAUGCGGUCGCCUUUUCCGAUUGGUUGACAUCAGGACGACCUGCAGGUUACGGAGACUGGCAAGGUCGUAGGUUCAUUCCGCUAAGCCACGUUACUUCUACACUACAUGAUCUGCUGGAUCACUGGCCGGUCGAUCAGUCUGGUAGCACCAGCUAUAGGGUAAACUUGAACCGUUGGCGGUGCCGCUACGGGAGACAGAGAGGCCGUAGCUUCUCAGAUGAAGCUGGCCCAUCAGGGGACCCGUGGGUAUCCAGAACUGAAUUCGAAGGAUUACUCGUAGAGAUGUUGGGAAGUUUAGGGGUGCCACUAACGGAGGUCUCGAAGAAAUUUCGUAGGACUCAACGAAGGCAACGGAUAUGUCGGAGAGUGGCAGAAGCUACUGGAGCGGUAAUGAAUGAUCCCAAACGCGAGAUGUUGAUCCAGGCCGUCAUGAGCGACUCACCUCCAUCCCAUCUGCUCGGCGUUUCCGGGAAGGAGUUUCACAUAGCAACCGGGUCGGAGACUGAACUGCGGGUUCCAUCACGUUACCUGAUUUGGGCGUACGACGUUCUGAACCACGGCUGGUGGGGUGCGGUACCGGAGGCGAUCUUCUCACCGGGACUGUCAGUGUUCGAAUUGGCUCAGAAGGCUUGGGAGUGGGAGACUAAUGGUGGAUGUAUUUAUACCUUGUCAUCCAGUUGUUAUACAUGCGGAGAAGGUGGUAAACCCCAUCCUGCAUUUGUAAGUUGCGAGAGAUGCGAAAAGCAAUGGAGUCCGGAAGAGUUUUGGGAAUGGCUUCGAUUGAGACACUUUCGACGCAUCUGGGAUCAGCUAAAGAAUCCUGAUCACCCGAAAGAAGAUUCCGACCGGCUUGCAAGUCCACCUGUCGACUGGUCCCAAAUCGAUCGACAUCACUUGUCUGAGAUAAUUAAAGAAAUUGGGUUCGAUGUACCCACAAAGAAGGAUGAAUACACAUUCCAGAUUUGCCACCCGCCAAUCACAAAAUUCUUGCCCACUAACGACUACAGGUCGUUGACUGGGCGAUUCAAGCGCUGGUGGUCGACACUUCGUGGAAUGUUUGACAAAUCUGCAGAUGGGUUUUGCCGAUGGGAACAUGAGCGUGUGAUCCUGUACAGAGUCAGUCAGCUAUACUGUCCAGAUAAUCCUAUUUGCUAG